UAGACAGAGCUCUGCUGCAGAUCUUCAGAGAGCACUGACGUAUUUACAGCAGCUACUCUUGAUUUUGCACUUUUCUGAUUCGGAUACAACAUCGGAUUACACUCCAUGGAUGAUAUAGCCACUCUUAUUAAAGAAGUACUACCAACGUGCAGCACACCAGAUACACUGCAACCCAUUUUGGAUGCCCUUCAAAACAUUGGUGUGGAAACAGUUGAUGAUAUGAAGCUUGUCCAGAAAGAUGACCUAGCAGGAGUGCUCAAACCCAUUCAAGCAAGGAAGCUUCUUGCACAUGUAAACAGUGUCUUCUCAGCUUCAGGCCGCUUAAAGAUGGAGGAAUAUUUCCCAGUCUCACCCCAAACAAUUAUAACAACACCUCGGGUUAGUUCAAGCCCAAGCCCAAACUCAAGCCUACCUGUUACUUCACCAGGCUCAUUUUCAACACCGACCUCCUCUCAGUCUGAUACUGACAGCACACAUUCUGCUACACGACUGAGCAGUGACUGGCACUACAAUUUUAAAAUCCCUUGGGACAUGCUGCCAGCUGUUUUGAGGAAGAAAUUAGACAAUCAGGAGCAGCCAACAGCCAGGGAAAUGAUUCGCAUAAUUUCAGGUGAAAUCCUCGCCAUUUGCCAAAAACCAUUAAAGAAGCACCUUAAUGAAAUUGCACGAAAGAUGGUCCUAGAAUAUCCAAAGUCUUUAAAAGACGUGAUAGAAGAUGAAGUUGUUGGAAGUGGCCAUGAUUCUUUAACAAAACAACUUCAGUGCAGAGUUGAUAACUACAAGCGAAAUGAAACACUGAAUAAGCGCAACAGUACUCCUGCAGAUGACACAAGCACUGUUCCAGAAAAUAAGAAGAAACGGAAAGACUCCUAUGGCUGUAUAGUGUUGGAGUCUGUGCGUGUGAAUAUGGAUGCACAGAUGAAGAAAAAAAAAGAGAUUCAAGAAAUGUUCAUGACAAAUGACAGGAAUGAAAAACGUAUACAAGAGUUAAUCUCAGAUACCUUCAUAUCUCAGAGAAGUGACAUAAGGUCUGGUAAGGACACACAUUUCCUUAAAGAAGAAUGGCCCUACCUAUUCUCACUUGUCGGCAUGAAGGAACACUUCAAACUUUUAACUGGUGUCCAGUUAAAUGAGGCAUUUGAAGAGGCCACGACAACUAAAUUUGCAAGAGUUCUUGACUACUUUCAGUCUCUUCCAAUUGAGAAGUCAGUCAUAGCUGCAAAAGACAGAGCUGAAAUCCAACUGAGUGGUGGACCUUCUGGUGCAGUGUUGAUGCUACUUUCACACUUCAAAGAGGAUUGUACAAAAAUGUUCCACAUCGUUGACAAAAAAUGCAUUGCAGAUGAGGUUGAGACCGAUCGCCUACCACCCACACCAUGCAUUAUUGUAUGUGGAACGAGUCCUCUAUCUGCAGCAGCUUUCAUGGUGGCAGCAGACCAGGAGGUGAUAAUUGAACAUUUGACGAGCUUCAAUGAUGCACUGGUCAGCAUGUUCAUCUGCUACUACAUUUUCAACAUGCACUACCCUGUGGAACUCGGAGCCACGCUGGAGUUUCUUCAAAGGUGCAUAUUUAAGAUCAAUCCUGACAAGGGCUCCAAAGUUGAGCGUCUGGAAAAGAAGAAGAGCCAUGCAGUGAACCCGAAAGUCCUGACCCUCAUAACCCGCAGAGUUUGAAUGGAGUUCUUAAUUGAUCCAAGGAGGAUAAUGUGCAUGGGACCUGUCUAGGAGAACCUGUGGAAGUGAUCCAAAAUUCAAGAUAGAACACAUUUUAAAAGGUUUUAAGUCUUUUACAGUUGGUUGGCACUAUUGAAACUUAUUUUUUUUGUGCGGGUUGUAAUGUUAGAUAUUUAAUUUAUUUUAUAGUUUUUUUGUUUUGUUUUGUAUUUAUAUAAGUAAAUUUAAAUAAGAGUUCUGUACAUGUUAAAGUAAAAAAUUAUCUGUUUAAAAAUAUUAACGUGUUAUGUUUUGUUUUAUUGUUUUUAUUUGAAAAAUUGAUUUUGUUUUUAUAGAAACAAAUUUAUUAGAGUUCUGUACAUGUUAAAGUAAACAAGAUUAUCUGUUUAAAAAUGUCAACAUGGUAACUUUUGAUACUGGACCCAUGCCUAGUGUUUAUGUUAUGAAUAAAAAUUGUUAUUGAGUAGUAUUGAGUUCUGUGUAAUUUUUGAAAACUUGUAGUAUUGCAGGUUUGUUGAUAUUGUAGGCAUUAAAGUAAUUAAAAAA